AUGGUUGAAAGGUUGAGAUAUCGUUUGGAGAUAGGAGAUGGUGCUGGGUCAUGUUUUCGUAAUCAAAGAUACAGAGUAGUUGAAUCCCGCCACUGGGCAGUGGGUAUAUCGGUUCGUGGCUGGUCCGUCUCCUCCUCGAACGCGGCUACACCGUUCACGCCACCGUCAAAGAUCUCAAUCGAUCUCCUCCACUACGACUCCAUUGUCGCCGCCGUCACUGGCGCCAACGGCGUCUUCCACCUUGCAUCUCCCAAUAUUAUCGAUCAAGUUCAUGAUCCUGAGAAGGAGCUAUUGGACCCGGCGAUUAAGGGGACCAACAGUGUACUCACUGCGGCAAAAGAGCUGGGGGUCCGGCGAGUGGCGGUGACCUCAUCCAUAUCUGCGAUCACUCCGAGCAGGUACUGGCCAGCCGAUGUAGUCAAGGAUGAAAAUUGCUGGGCAGAUAUUGAUUACUGCAAGACAAAAGGACUGUGGUAUCCACUUUCUAAAACACUAGCUGAGAAAGCGGCUUGGGAAUUUGCCAAGGAAAAAGGUUUAGAUGUGGUUGUGGUGAAUCCUGGAACUGUUUUGGGACCUAUCCUGCCUCCAGCACUUAAUGCAAGCAUGCUAGUGAUUCUUCGCCUUCUUCAGGGUAUUGCACAAAUUUGAAUAAGCUAUUGUAGCUUAUAUUGAAGCAUGCUGCACUUUAAAUUGUUAGCGGCUAAGAUGUGCGUAAAUAUAUCUUUGUAGUAUUCUUUUGCUUGAGUCCAUUAUAAACUCAUGUGGAAGAAACCAUCUAACCAGAACUCAUGCAUUACAACAGAUUAUUAUCUGUUCAAUUGAUGUUUGUGAAUUUUCAGCUUUAGACCAAUAUAUGUUUCUUCAUGUUGACCUGGGGAUCUUAAAGGAGUAUUUGGCAUUUAAAGUAACAAGGCUGUUGCAAAGUGCACCCCUCGCCACUCCCCCAGGAAAUUACUUUUAUAUUUUAUUUUUCCUCACAAGGGAAAUAAAGUGAAAAUCUUGUUUGUUUCAAGAUAAUAUAUUAAUUCUGUCAUUGUCACUUUGUAAUUGAACUUCAAGCAGACAUUAAACUUACCCUGUAUACUAUUCUGGAUGCAUUUGAGUGGUGGUAAAUUGAGUUUUUCCAUUCCAUUGAACUAUUUCAUUAAACUCUUCCCGGGCUGUGCUUAAUGUUUUACACACUAUUAGUCCU